CCCAUCCUCCCUUCUUCCUUGACUUUCCCUCUUCUUCUUACUCACUAGCUUCUUCUCUGGGUGGACUUAAGUCCACUCUGCUCCCCCUCCCUUUGGCUGCUCGCCUACUCUGUCUUCUACAUCUCUCUUGUCGCCCACUUCCUUCGGUGUCACGCUCCCUCCUAGUUCUGUACGUUUACAAAGUUUUGAGCGGAAUUCUAGCCUCAGCAAACAAGUCCCCCCAGCUCCUCCAGCUAAUUCCCGCGGCUUCUCUCCAGACACCAGCUCCAGUGAGUGAUGCCUCUCGGGUUGUGAUUCCAGCGCUGAAACUCGAAGGAGCCCUUUGCCCGCCAUCCUAUUUGGCAGCCAACCCUCUCCAAGCCGCGAAUGGCACUGUGUAGCGGAGCGAGGCUGGCCCUGCUGGUCUACGGGAUAAUAAUGCAUAGCAGCGUCUCCUGUUCACCUGCUGCCGCCGGACUCAGCUUCCCUGGGAUCAGACCAGAAGAUGAGACUUACGACCAGGACGGAAAUCCGCUGCAAGACUUCUACGACUGGGACCCUCCGGGUGUGGGGAGCCCCGCCUCCGCGCUGCGUGACGCCUACGCCCUUUACUACCCGGCGGACCGGAGAGACGUCGCCCAUGAGAUCCUUAAUGAAGCCUACCGCAAAGUCCUGGACCAGCUGUCCGCCAGGAAGUACCUACAGUCGGUCGUGACCAGGGGUGUGGGGGAGAACCUAGGCGGCGGCAAGGCGGACGACCGGGCGCGCAUUACCAAACGCCACUCAGACGGCAUCUUCACCGAUAGCUACAGCCGCUACCGAAAACAAAUGGCUGUCAAGAAAUACUUGGCGGCUGUGCUAGGGAAAAGGUAUAAACAGAGGGUUAAAAACAAAGGACGCCGAAUAGCGUACUUGUAGCGAUGAGUUUCCAGCUACCGUGUGUAUAAAAUGAAAAGUCGUUUUCAAAUUGACUGACCAGUCAUCGCUCAUGUGUUCUUUCCAAACAUGUAUUUAUGUAUCAAGUAAAGCCAUUAAAUGACUAUUUUGAUAAUAAUAUUGUUUUUCUUUUUACAAAGCACUAGAGAAUGCACAGAUAUACUUUGUGGACCAAUUAUUGAUAUAUAUUAUAAAUAAAUAUAUAUAUAUUAAGAA